AUGUCUGAGCCUCAACUCAACAAGAUCGCGGCGAACUCGCCCUCCCGCCAGAACCCCUCUGAGCUCGAGACCAGCAUCGCUGGUGCCCUCUACGACCUCGAGACCGGCACUGCCGACCUCAAGGCUGCUCUCCGACCUCUGCAGUUCGUCUCUGCCAAGGAGAUCGAGGUUGGUCACGGCAAGAAGGCUAUUGUCAUCUUUGUCCCCGUCCCUCUCCUGCAGGGCUUCCACCGUGUCCAGCAGCGCCUGACCCGUGAGCUGGAGAAGAAGUUCUCCGACCGCCACGUCCUGGUCCUGGCCUCGCGCCGCAUCCUGCCCCGCCCCAAGCGAUCCACCCGCUCGCGCAACACCCAGAAGCAGAAGCGUCCCCGCUCCCGCACACUGACCGCCGUCCACGACGCCAUCCUGACCGACCUCGUCUACCCCGUCGAGAUCGUCGGCAAGCGUCUCCGCACCAAGGAGGACGGUGCCAAGACCCUCAAGGUCAUCCUCGACGAGAAGGAGCGUGGUGGUGUUGACUACCGCCUGGACACCUACUCCGAGGUCUACCGCAAGCUGACCGGCCGCGGUGUCACCUUCGAGUUCCCCCAGUCCACCGGCGCUGAGUACUAG